CGUUUGAUUUUAUUAAGUUAAAUUAAAAAUAGUCAACUAGUCAAAAGUAUUCUAAAUUUUAAGAAUUUUAAGUAUGGCCUUGACAUUUAAAGGGUUUUCUUACUUGCUGUCUAUUGCGUUCCUAGUUUUUUGCUACUUCUACGGAAAGACACUACCCGUACCCAAACAUGAAAUUGAGACACAGUUUGAGAAAGCAACUUUUGGAAUGGGUUGUUUUUGGUCAUCUGAUAGUCUUUAUGGUGCUCAAAAGGGUGUUCUGAGAACGAAAGUUGGAUAUUCUGGUGGAAGUUUGGACAAUCCUGUUUAUAGAAAUUUAGGUGAUCAUACGGAAGUCAUCGAAAUUCACUACGACCCAAAAACCAUUGCUUUUGAAAAAUUGCUCAACCUAUUUUGGAAUAAUCAUGAAUAUGGUCUUACAACGAAAAUAAAGAAGCAAUAUGCCUCAAUAAUUUUCUAUCACAACGAUGAACAGAAAGAAACUGCUGAAAAAAGCAGAGAAGCGGAACAGAAAGCUCGCUCCAAUGAGACGAUUAUUACGCAGAUUUUUAAAGCAAGUACAUUCUAUCCUGCAGAAGAUUAUCAUCAGAAAUAUCGUCUACAAGCUCAUAAAAAGCUGGCUAGUGAUUUAGGCCUUUCUCCAACAUCAUCAAAAUUAUUACAAACAUCCUACGUGGCUACAAAAUUGAAUGGAUAUUUAGUAGGUGUUGGUGGCUCAAAACAAUUUUUGGAAGAAGCUGAAAGCUUGGGACUCAAUGACAAGCAAAUUCAAUACGUCUUGAAGUAUGUUAAGGAAAACGAAGGAGGUGGAUUGUCAUGUUAAAUGCAGUUAAAUUAAUCAACGAAGCGCUUUAUGCUAUCUUACAAAUCUUUGUCCAGAAAUGCAUUUUUAACUGAUAUGUAUUAGGGAUAUUAUGCAUUUUGUCAACAUGUGACUUGAAAAUUUUAUUAUAAUUUCUUUUUUAGUAAAAUGAAUUUCUAUUUAAACAGUAAAAUCAGCUAUUUCUUUGAUUUAAUUGUGCAUGCGUAUUUAGUAGAAUUAGCUAAAUUAGUUAACAUUUACAUUUUUAAAAAUGUGGAAAAGACAUUUCUAUUCAAUAAUUUAAUGAGACGGCUAUUUUUCAAUAAUAUGUAAUGAAAUCAAAGAAUAACCAUGCCUAUCUAUCUAUACAAAUUCAGAGCUUAAUAAUAUAUUCAAACUAGAACUAUGUGUCUUGUUAAAUCUAACGCAUUUUAUGUUACGAAUAUUAUACAUUAUUAAUAAAUUUUUUAAUUUUGGUUUCUAAAAUUGCAUUGUAAUAGCUUAUCACUUAGAAUAGCUCCUUGAAACUUUAUCUCUAUUUCAGAAUAAUUUCCCAGACAUCAUCCUACACGCCACUCAAAUCAAUCAUUUUUUUCUUAUCGUAAUCUGCUAUAUUAACAAAGAUUCUU